AUGUAUAACAUUGACCAUUACUUUGAUUUUGAUAACAAUCAAUCAGCAACUAAGGUUGAUAAAAAGAAACAGCAACAGAUGAUUCUAAUAUCUAUUUUGCUAAUUGGUUUAGUCUAUUACUUUAUGAUUUAUUUACCGGAAGAAGAAAAGAAAAAGUCAGCAGGUCAGCAAAUAACUUCCGAUAAGUCUCCGGAAGAGUUAAAAGAAGAUAAGUCAAGUUCAUUAACUUCGUUAUACCAAAAAAUCGCUGGUUUGUUUAAUGAUGGAGACAAAAAUCCAAAGUUUUAUUUCUCUCGAGCCGCUCCUUACCGAAUAUAUUUUCCUCCAUCUUUAAGAGAAUAUUAUGAAAAAGUUGAAACAAUUAAAAACCCUACAAGAGGAAUAAAGGAUAAAAAUAGUAGAGGUAAUAAUGCCUUGUUUUACGGAACAGAAGGAACCGGAAAAACUGCUACUAUGAAAAAUAUUUGUGUGCGAGCCGAUAAAUAUCCAUUAGUGGAAAUCAAAGGUUCUAACUUAACUCCAACUGAAACAGACCAAAGUUCGGAAAUACUUCCCUUGCAAAAAUUUGCUUACACUAUUAAAACAGAAGAAGAUGAAAAAGAUGAGGAUGGUAAUCCAACUGGAAAUAAAUUAAAGAUAGAUAUUGAAAUAGGCGAAUUCUUGGAAUUCUUUUGA